UGGUACGACAAUUCCAAACUAUUCGAGGAGCAGCUGAAGAAGUAUGACCAGCUGAGGGUCUACCUGGAGCAGAAUCUGGCUGCCCAGGACAACGUUCUCCGGGCACUGACCGAGGCAAAUGUGCAGUACGCGGCCGUGCGGCGGGUGCUCAGCGAGCUGGAUCAGAAAUGGAAUUCCACACUGCAGACCCUGGUGGCCUCCUAUGAAGCCUACGAGGAUUUGAUGAAGAAGUCUCAGGAGGGCAAGGACUUCUAUGCCGACUUGGAGAGCAAGGUGGCGGCUCUCCUGGAGCGGGCACAGUCCACCUGCCAGGCCCGCGAGGCUGCCCGUCAGCAGAUUCUGGACAGGGAGUUGAAGAAGAAGCCGCCACCCCGACCCACAGCCCCGAAGCCACUGCUGCCCCGCAGAGAGGAGGGGGACGCGCUGGAGACAGACCUGCCUGAGGAACUGCGCAGCCUGCCCCCCGACAUGGUGGCCGGCCCCCGGCCUCCUGACACCUUCCUGGGAACGACUGGUCCCCUCCAUUUUCCUCCUGGUCCCUUCCCCACCUCUGCAGGGCCAGGACCCCACUAUCUCCCAGGCCCCUUACCCCCUGGUACCUACCCAGGCCCUGCCCAGAUACUGCAGCCUAGGGUACCUCCAGCCCCCGGGCACCCUGCAAUGGCCAUGGCACCUAGACCUGCCCUCUACUCAGCUCCCGGCUAUACACCAGAGCUGGGCCUGGUGCCCCGUUCCUCCCCGCAACAUGGUGUGGUGAGCGGCCCCUACGGGAGGGUUGGGCACCCCCAGCCCAGUGCAGGCCUGCCCUCAGCCCCACCCUCCCAGUUCUCAGGCCCUGAAUUGGCUCUGGGGGUUCGGCCAGCCACCACCACAGUAGAUAGCAUCCAGGCCCCCAUUUCUAGUCACACGGCACCACAAGCAAACCCAGUCCCUGCCCCUCCCCCGCAGCCUUGCUUCCCUGUGCCACCACAGCCUCUGCCUGUUCCUUACACCUACCCACUAGGACCCAAGCAGCCCCUCACAGCUCCCCCGACCCAGCACUUUUCUCCUGGAAUCCCUACAGGUUUUGCAGCACCAAGGAUGGGGCCUCAGCCUCAACCUCACAUCCCACAAGCUACCUUUGGGCCCCAGCCCCACCAGCAGCCUCUGCCACUUCAGCACCCACAUCUGUAUCCACCCCAAGCCCCAGGACUCACGCCCACACAAUCCCCCUAUCCCUUUGCUCCUCAGCCUGGUGUCCUGGGGCAGCCACCACCUGCAGUGCACCCUCAGAUCUACCCUGGCCCCUCUCAGGACCCACUGCCCCCCCAUUCAGGAGCACUGCCUUUCCCCAGUCCCGGGCCACCUCAGCCUCCUCAUCACUCUCUGGCCUAUGGCCCUGCCCCCUCGCCCAGGCCUCUAGGCCCCCAGGCAACCCCUCUCUCCAUUCGAGGCCCCCCACCGGCCAGCCAGCCUUCCCCCAGCCCCCACCUGGUGCCUUCACCUGCCCCCUCUCCGGGGCCCAGCCCGGUCCCUCCACGGGCCCCUGCUGCAGAGCCGCCAUCUUGCCCGCGCCGGGGCGCAGCCACUGCAGAUCUGCUCUCCUCCAGCCCUGAGAGCCAGCAUGGUGGCACCCAGCUUCCUGGAGGAGGGCAGCCCCUGCUGCAGCCCACCAAGGUGGAUGCCACAGAAGGUCGGCGGCCUCAGGCCCUGCGGCUCAUUGAGCGGGACCCCUAUGAGCGCCCUGAGAGGCUGCAGCGGCUGCAGCAGGAGCUGGAGGCCUUCCGGGGCCAGCUGGGUGAUGCAGGGGCUCUGGACACUGUCUGGAGGGAGCUGCAGGAGGCCCAGGAGCAGGAUGCCCGGGGCCGCUCCAUUGCCAUUGCUCGCUGCUACUCCCUGAAGAACCGGCAUCAGGACGUCAUGCCCUACGACAGUAACCGUGUGGUCCUGCGCUCUGGCAAGGACGACUAUAUCAACGCCAGUAUGGUGGAGGGGCUCUCACCGUACUGUCCACCCUUAGUGGCCACUCAGGCCCCCCUGCCUGGUACAGCAGCUGACUUCUGGCUCAUGGUACAUGAGCAGAAAGUGUCCGUCAUUGUCAUGCUGGUGUCUGAAGCUGAGAUGGAGAAGCAAAAGGUGGCCCGCUACUUCCCCACGGAGAGAGGCCAACCCAUGGUGCAUGGCGCCUUGAGCCUUGCACUGAGCAGCGUCCGCACCACUGACACCCAUGUGGAACGGGUGCUGAGCUUGCAGUUCCGGGACCAAAGCCUCAAGCGCUCACUCGUGCAUCUUCACUUCUCCACUUGGUCUGAGUUAGGCCUGCCUGACAGCCCCAGCAAGCUGCUGCGCUUCAUCCAGGAGGUGCACUCACAUUAAAUAAACUAG